AUGUGGUUUGUUGAGGACACUACCAUCACAGGUCUGAUCACCAACUUUGACAAGAUGGCUUACAGAGGAGAGAUGCAGUGGUGCCAGGACAUCAAUCUGACCAAAAAAGACCAAGUAGCUGGGCACGGACUUCAGGAAACAGAUGACAGAGAUCUGCAGGGGGUGCCACUGCCUUGCAAGAUUGCUGCAGAUGGGGAAUGUGCUGAGCUGAGACGGGCGAGCAGCGAGGAGGAAGAAGAAGCAGCAGGGAAGGACGCCAUGGAGGAGGCGUUCAUGCAGCUCUAUGACCAGUACGUCCAGCUCCGGGCACUGUGCCUGCGACAGGCCGAGUUGCUGAGUCGGUUCUCCGCCAGCCGGGAUCUGCACAACGGGUUGCUCACUAAGGGUGCUGACGUCAAGACCCUGACUUCUCUGCCCGUCCAGUGCUCAGAUGUGGGCCACAGUUGCUCCAAGCGGGCUUUUCCGCAACCUGGAGCCCCACCUUCCCGAAGUCCCGCUCCUGGAUUUGGUGGCGCUGCCCCUCCCUAUGCCCAACACUCCCCAGCAGUGGCAGAGUGCAGUACCCUGACCAAUGGUGUGAAGGCGCUGGAGUUACACCCACCAGAAAGAAAGGGACACCCCACCUUUGCAGGACCCUGCUGCAUGUGUGAGAGAAGCAGGACACAAGAGCCACUCCACUGCCCUGGAGGUGGUGGCACAUGGCAGAGCGCUCCAGAAAAACCAAGCGAGGACCACCUGAUCCAAAUGGAGGCAGAGAAGACUCAGCAUGGGGCUCCAAACCAGACUCACUGGACCCCCGGAUACCACCUGGACAGUGACCUCUUGAGCCGUGGAGGCCUCCUGCUGUCAGACAUCACCUUGAACUCUCAAGUCUGCGAGUUCUGCCAGGCUGUGUUCCCAAGUGACACGACAACACGCGGAGAGUACCUGCGUCACAUCACGGCCCACAUCACUUAGGGGCUGCGGUGGGCUUGUGCUGGCAUCAGGGAGGCAGGUGGGUGGGUGUCUUCCAGGUCAGCAUUAGCUUGUUUAUAAGUGUUUUAGAAAGGGUGGGGGUGGGGCAAAAACAUUAAUUCUGGAAGACCAACCCAUUGUGGGCGGGGCCUACUAAACACAGAGACUCUGUCACGCGCCGGAUCACAACAGUUGGUCCUCAGCAAAUAACUGACCAAAGACUUGAGAAGCUCCAGCCCUGCUUGGUGGCCUAUGGUCCGUGUAAACUCCAUGUCAGGGUCACUUGUGAGAUGGUGAAAGAUCCAAACACAGAGGACCUCACAGACAUUGCUCUUCCAUUUGUCCUGAAUAGGGAGAACAUGAACCAAGUUUUGGCACCACAUUUUAGGUCAAGUGGCGCAUCUUCUAAAGAUUUUAUUCUCAAGAGGAACAGGAAUGUGGAAUAAGUUACCAGGUAGCCUGGCCAAAAGUAUGUGGACCCUCAUUGUGGUUGAUGGAUUUGGCUAUUUGAGCCUCACUUAAUGGCCCCUGAGAUUGAGCAGACAGCCCAGCAAUCUCCAUAGACAAGCCCUGGCAGCAGAACAGGGGCACUGAAGAGCUCCGUGACUUUCAACGUGCCACCUUCACAAGAAGUCUAUGGUCCAACAAGGCCAACAGUCUGUCAAACGUCUGCCCUGGUCUUACUGGGAAGUGGUGGGCUACACAAACUCACAGAACGGGACCUCCAAGAGUUCCAAAUCUUCCAAUAACUCGCCCGUCCUCGGGUUACGACUCUCGUUCCACGGUACAAGAACUGAUCAUCGGGAGCUUCAUCAAGUGGGCUUGCAUGGCCAAGAAGAUGUAAACAAAACUCCACCAUAUGCAAUGCCAACUUUCUGCUGCAGGGUUGGAAAACACACCGCCAUUGUACCCUGGUGCAGUGGAGACACAGCGAGGACGGUGACAAAGUGUAUUGAGAGAGAUGGACCAGAAGAGGAGACGUCGUGAAAAAUACACACGGAGAUCAAAGCCACAGGUCACUUUGGCCAAACUGAAAAACGAAACCCGCACACCUGAUGGAAAGGGGGGUCUUCUUUAGGAAGUUACCCAAAAACUCAGAUACGAAAUGGUGGCUAGAGCUGAGCAUCCUGUUAUCACGUUAGUGACGUCAGACACCCCAAAACCAACUCUGAAAACCUUACACGGCCACCGGGGUUCACAAAAUGGUGGUGCCCAUAACAAAACUAAAACCGAGUCUUCAUAGCAAAACCCUGUGACAGACACGUCCAUAUCAGAAGAAACCCUAAAUGACGGCUGGGCAGCAGUGAGGGUGACUAAUGCAACACCAUCAUGGACAAAUUCAGAUUUGGGGAUGCCAGGAGAAGAUUACCAACCUGAGCGCACAGUGCCAACUGUAAGGAUUAAUGGAGGAGGAGGCUGUUUGUGAGGGCUUGAGAGACCCCCUUAGUUCUACUGAAGUGCAACCUCAGAGCUACAGCAGACCAGGACAUUCUAGAGCCACCGUUCUCAACCAUUCUGGUGCCGUGACCCACGUUUUCUCCAUGUAAGCGUCCUCGAAACCCACCAAGAGAGAUGCCCCUCGAGUUCUAGGGAGGUUCCUCUCAGUGAAUUGAGUGUGAUCAUUCGAGCAGAGGUUGGGGGGGUUUGUGGUCUUCUUUAGUGAACUGAGCGCGUGUGUGAGAGCACCAGAAGGGGGGCUUUAAACCCCCUGAGAGAACUGAGCACUACUGACAGAACAUGAGGUGGGGUUUAUUUGAGUACUAUUGUUAGAGCGUUCCCCAUGGUGAGUCGAGUGUGAUCAUUGGAGCUUUGGGGGAGGAGGGGGGGUUUGUGGUCCACCAGCAUGAGAGCACCAGAUGGGGGGCUUUUAACCUCCUUUUGUGAACUGAGCAUGACUGUCACAUUGUGAGGGGAGGGGGGUUUAUUCUAGCACUAUUGUUAAAACAAGGGGGGGGGUCCCCAUGGUGAAGUGAGUGUGAUUGUUAAAGUCAUUUGUGGUCCACUUUAGUGAACUGAGCACGUGCGUGAGAGCACCAGAUGGGGGGCUUUAAACCCCCUGAGUGAACUGAGAAUGGCCGUUAGAUUGGGGGAGGGGGGCAGGGUUAAUUCUAGUACUAUUGUUAGAGUGGGGGGGUCCCAUUAAUGAAUUGAGUGUGAUCAUUGGAGCAGGUGUGGGGGUCUGUGGUCUACUUUACUGAACUGAGCGCGUGCAUGAGAGCACCAGGUGGGGGGCUGAGUGAACUGAGUGUGAUUGUCAGAUUGGGGGGGGGUAGGGUUAAUUCUAGUAUUGUUAGAGCUCCCCAUGGUGAAGUGAAUGUGAUUGUUAAAGUCAUUUGUGGUUCACUUUAGUGAACUGAGCACGUGCGUGAGAGCACUAGAUGGGGGGCUGUACACCCCCUGAGUGAACUGAGCAUGGCCAUUAGAUUGUGAGGGGAGGGGGUUUUAUUCAAUCACCAUUGUUCAAGGGGGGGCGGUGUUCCCAUUAGUGAAUUGAGUGUGAUCAUUGGAGCAGGUGUGGGGGGUCUGUGGUCUACUUUACUGAAGUGAGUGUGAGUGUGAGAGCACCAGGUGAGGGGGCUUUUAACCCCCUGAGUGAACUGAGCGUGACUGUCAGAUUGGUUUUAUUCUAGCACAAUUGUUAAAGCUGGGGGGGGGGUCCCAUGGUGAGUCGAGUGCGACUGUUAAAGUCAUUUGUGGUCCACCUUGGUGAACUGAGCGCGGGUAUGAGAGCAGAUGACCCCCACUGUCAGCUGAGUGUGAUUGUUAGAGCACUGGAUGGGGGUCUUUUUACCCCCUAAGACACGGGUGUCGAACUCCAGGCCUGCAGGUUUUCAUUCUACCCCUUUUGCUAAUCAGUGACCACUGAUUAUUAACUCCUUUACCCUUUCAUUUUAACAACCCUGUUUUUAAGGAUUCAGUCCCUUGAAUUGAUUCAUUCCUUCAUUAAAUGGCAGCCAAUCAG